CGCGAUCUCUGUGUGUUGCUUUUGCUAUCAGUUUCCUGCUCUAUUCAUUAUUCCUGCUGCAGGCUCCAGGAUGUAUCUGCGCAGGGCUUUGCUCGUCGGAGGGUCGGCGGCUGCCACGGCUGCUCUCGUUGCCGCUGUAGCGGUUGGGAAAAGUGGAGGAGAUCCAGUUUCAGACACCCUGACAUUGCCGGUAACCACCGGGCGCUGGGACCGCAACUGGGAUCGCCGGGAACCAAUGUCAUUGGUUAACUUACGCAAGAUCAAUGGUGAGAGUGGAGAAGAGGAGUUGAACUUGCACUUAAAUAAGCACAAGGCAAAAGCCACUCGACACAUCUUUCUUAUCCGACAUUCACAGUACAAAUUGGAUGGAAAGACUGAUGCUGAAAGAGUUCUCACUAACCUUGGUCGUGAACAGGCAGAGCUAACUGGGCAACGUCUUGCAAGUCUAGGACUGAAAUACAGUCAAAUUGUUCAUUCAUCUAUGACCAGAGCCAGAGAGACAACAGAUAUUAUCAGCAGAUACCUACCAGGUGUGACAAAAUCUAGCUCUGACUUGCUACGUGAAGGAGCGCCUAUUCGACCUGAUCCCCCUGUCUGUCACUGGAAGCCAGAAGUGGAGCAGUACUAUGAGGAUGGAGCUCGCAUUGAGGCUGCAUUCAGGAAUUUAAUUCACCGUGCAGAUCCUAAACAAGACGAGGACAGUUAUGAGAUCAUAAUCUGCCACGCCAAUGUUAUACGCUACAUUGUGUGCAGAGCACUACAGCUCCCACCUGAAGCCUGGCUUCGCAUGUCGCUCAACAAUGGUAGCAUCACCUACAUGGUCAUCCGCCCCAGCGGUAACGUCAGCUUGAGAAUGCUUGGUGACUCUGGCUUUAUGCCACCUGAAAAAAUUAGCCGGACUUGAGUGUUGGCAGCUUGUUGCCACUUGCAGCUUCUUCACUGCCUGCCCUGAAGAUACCUGGAUGAGAUCUAUUGCUGCAUUGUAACCAGCGCCCCACUCUCUCUGUGCCUUCUACUGGGAUUGACACCUUGAUCAAGACAUGGAUACUGUUUUUAAGAAAAAACAUUGUAUUGAAUUAUUGACCUAUUCUGCAAGUGCAGGACAGCCAAUUUACUAUUGGACAUGAGACGCUGCCCACUCUGAGUGUUAAGACAGCUAAUAUAGAUAUGAUAUAAUUAGAGCAGUGGAGGAAUGGGGUUAUCUGGAUGCUACAUUGCUUGUACUUGUAAUACAAGAAGUGAAGUACAAGAUGUAUCAACAGGUCAUGAAUGUCCAAUUUCUUUUUUUAAAGUAAUCUGCAUGUCUGUGUUUUUCCUAUUGUUUUUAUGUCAGGAUAUUUUUGCAUGGUACUGGUAAAUGUGCAUACAAGUGUGGAAUUAAAAGAAAUCAUGUUUGUAAUGGAGGUAAGAUUAAAUACACCCAUACUUUUCCUGAUCUCAAAGACCCCUAGGAGACUGUAGAAUUCCUUAUAGGAGGUGGAAGUGAUACCAGUGUAAUAGCGUCAUUGAGCUGAUAUAUAAAAUGUGUUUGAUUGUGUCUGCUUUUAGGCAACAUUUUUAGGUAUUUGCAUACACUACAGUUUUUCAGUACAGCUCAUGCUGUCCUCCUGACAUGAUUGAGAAAAACAGUUUUAAGUUUUGCUUAUUGAGAGACCGUGUGCUCUUGGUACAUGUGUUACAAAUACUGCCUGGUCUACAGUUGGACAUAAAGUGGAUUUAAACAGCCAA